AAUUUUUUUCCAUUAUCAAAUAACGAUUUGUCCAAAAACAAAAUGUACGCCAUUUUGUCUUUUUCUAUCUGAUCUCUAUUGCCAAAUCAGUGUGUUUUAUAUCUUGAAUCGAAUCUAAAUAAAAAAAAUUCUUUAUAGACAAAAUUGUCCACUGAUUCAAUACACAUAAUGUUGCCAAAUCAUUGUAUGAUCAUCAAGUUAUUCCAUCAUAUUUUAUCCAUCAUCAUUAUCAUCAUCGUAAUUAAUCAUUCAUCAUUAAUCAAAGCUGAAAAUUAUAAUUCCGAAUUAAAUGCAGAAAAUCUGGGCACUGCAUUUGAAUUCAAAAUACACAUUGAUGCCGGUAAAGAAGAUUGUUUCUAUCAAUAUAUUGAACAAGGAUCAUCAUUGUACAUUGCUUUCCAGGUAAUGAGAGGUGGUGAUAAUAUGGCUGGUUUCUAUGUAAAUGGACCGAAAGGUGAAACAAUUAUGCCAUAUCAAUGGAAACAACAUGCCGAAAUUGAUGAUAGUACUGUUCCACAAUCUGGUUAUUACAGUCUAUGUAUUGAUAAUAAACCAUCAAGUUUUCAAUCAAAAUUAGUCAGUCUUUAUCUAGCAUCAUUAAAACGUGAUGAAUGGGAAAAAUAUGUACAAGAAUUAUCUGAAGCUGAUGUUACAUCGAAUAAUGCUACAGCAUUAUUACGUAAUGUACAAUGGAAUAUUAAUGAAAUGAUGAAAUAUCUGGAACAUUCCAAACAACAACAUUCAUAUGAUGGUUAUCUAGCUGAAUCAAAUAAUCGUUAUGUACAGAAUUGGUCAUUAUUACAAUGUAUUAUUAUUAUUGCCUGUUCAAUUGUUCAGGUAAUUUUUGUAAGAAAAUUAUUCGAAUCAAAUGAAUUUGGUGCAAAAGGAAAAGUUCGAGCUUGAUUUUUUUUUUAAUUAUUAUUUUCUCUAAA